AAUAAUUGUAACAAAUGCUGUCAAACAAUCAACCAAGUAACAAAUACUAAAGUUUUGUCUAGUAGUCAUGUUAUUAAACCAGUAUGCAGACCGGCUGUUUAGAGGGAAUAUCAUUGCGAGACAUCAGCUGGUGUCUGUUUACCUCCUGAUAUUCACUGGGAAAUGAACUGCCAUGUGCUCUGUUAACAUUUACAACUGGAAUGGUCUCUUGCCAAAUGAAUAACCUCUUGAUGUGUCCAUCAAAUGUCAUGAAAGAUGAAAUUUCUAGUCCCAUAACUCCACCACAAUUGUUUUAUCUAUAACAUUUAAUCCUGGUUUAAGUCAGAGAGAAAAACUCAGCUGUAUUUAUUUCAACUGUACUUGUUUUGUUUUUUUGUAUUUAAUCACCUUUAUCCAUCCAGCUACUCAAGUCCCCUUUUUUAAGUCGUAACAAUUUGCGACACCACGCGUUAGCUGAGGCACUGAAAGGCUGAAUCACAUUUGUCUGUAGCACUGAACAUUUUGUAGUGACUGCACCACUUCGCACAAGGAUAAUGGCUGCUUGGAUGCAGCUAUUCACGCAUCGUAGUCUUUUUGGAGCAUCUCUAGCCGCCUGGAAUCACCUAGGCAACCCUCUAGUGCCACUAACUACCACAAGAGGGCAGUCACUGCAGAGAGCCGCAGGUUAUUCACUUUUCUGAAAGUUGACUUGCUCCACAGAGUUGUCUUUUCUCGUAAACCACACAUUUCGAGAAGAUAGCAGGCGUGUUGGUAUGUUUUGACAUUUAAGCUGUUUGUUUUAGAGGGACUUUAAGGAUCAUUACAGUUGAAUGCCGUGAUCCUGCGGACGACGUUAGUGGUUCCUUCAGGCCCGGCUGGAUGUCCCGAGCUGGCCGCGGAGGCUCACCGGGGACGCACCGCUACAUAAACCAGGAGAGCUCGGUUCCGCUUGGGUUCGUAUUUGAACGGACUCGGAGACAAAGCCUCCCCCGCUGCAGUUAAAGAGACGAGCCUCGGGUUUACCACAGCCAACAAAACGGUCCUCUCGGCUCGUCCGGGCUGCAAUGGGUGUAUGUUUGUUCGGCCGCGCAGAGGAGUGGGGCAGCCCGGUUUUCGCCUCGUUUCGCUGCUGCUAAACUGACCGGAGCCGUCCGCGGUUAGAAGUGCGGCUAUUACAUAAACACCCGGUCCGUGCUGCGUGUCAUUCCCCUUUCUCCCGUAGGGUGGCCGCGAGGAGUGGACCGAGUGGGUUACCCCCCCCCCCCCCCUCUCUCCAAUCCACCUCCAGCCUGCGCGGAACAAACGGUGCUUUUUUUCCUGAAACGUAACCCGGCUCUGGUUCGGUGUGUGCCGUGACGUUGCCAGUCGAGAGUCCAGCUUCUCCCGACGGCCACCAUGAGGACCACCGAGGAGGCGGAGGGCUUUGACGGCGAGGCCUCCAACACGUCCAUGAUCUCCGGGGCCAGCAGUCCGUACCAACCCACCACCGAGCCCGUCCAUGCGAGGAACAUGUUGGGGGGCAUACGGUGCGACAUGGAGUACGUCAAGUCGUACUUUGGGAUCUUGAAGAUGGUCGAAGUGGUGCUGUCCCUCAUCGGAUUCAUCUGCAUAGAGACGAUCAUGCUGUGUUCUCCCUGUGGAGGGGUGUACUUCUUUGAGUUUGUCAGCUGCAGUGCUUUCGUGGUGACCGGAGUCCUCCUCCUCAUCUUCACCCUCAACCUGCACACCAAGGUGCCCCACGUCAACUGGAGCCUCACGGACCUGGUUAACACGGCAGCCAGCACCUUCUUCUUCUUCUUGUCGUCUCUGGUGUUGGCCUGUAUCAACCAUAACACUGGAGCUGAAAUUGCAGCACUGAUCUUUGGCUUCCUGGUGACAGGUGUGUACGGUGUGAACACCUUCCUGGCGGUGAGGCGGUGGCGUCGGGGCAAUGGCUGUCAGGGGACGGCUCAGACCAGCGAAUACAUGCGAGCGCGCACGGCUUCUCGCGGAGAAAUGGAGGCCAGACCCGAGCUCGCGUGAGUGCUCCUGGACAAUCGGGCUGAAGGAAAGCGUUCAAGUAUCGAGUGGAAGGGUGGUCUCAUGAUCACCACGUGCUUGUGCCUUCUCCUGACAACAUCUCCGCUGUGCUUUCUGCCUGCCGGCCACUGAAUGGACCUUCAUGUCAACGCCACGGUCGAGCUCUGAGGCUUUGGUUGUUAUCGGGCGCCUUUUCUUCAGUGACACCCCAGGAGAAGUGGAGGGCUCCAGACAGACUGUAAGGUAUUCUCUGUAGAACUCUACAUCCAUCUUUCUAAGUCAGUAUGAAGGAUCCCUUCCACGAAGAAAAAAACAAAACAACAAAAGAGAGACUGACUUCACUCCAACUGUGCACUAAUGGGUGUUUCACUGUGAAAGAAGUCCACUAAAAAGAAGGUCAACCUUUGUACAGUUUGCUUAUUUUACACUACUGGCUGUGAAGCCUGUGGAAAUAAAUGUGACCGUGGGUUCAGGAAAGCACUGGACCAGAAACAUAGAGUUUAACCCGCAGCACAACAGAAGCACCAGAACUUUACUGUUCCCUUUUCCAGAUACUGACAUUAGCCUUAUGUUUCUACCUGUGAGCUAGUAGAUAGAUAGAUAUAAAGAUUACACAUGUCCUUCUUUAUGACUAACUUCACAAAUGCCUUUAAGAUGUGACCUUUACCCGCUAUUAAAAUGUCUCCUGCCAGCAGUUAUAAAGUAACAGAACAAGCUCAAAUGAGUGAAUAAAAUCCACUUCUUUGCAACACAGAUGCAGCCAGUGGAUUUGACACAUUUUACGAGACCAAAAUAUAAAAGUACCUCAUGGGAUCUAUCACAUCCCAGUACGUGUGUCAACUAUCCCCCACAUUUUAAAUCAUCGGUAGCUUGUUGCUUUUGCACUAAUCCACGGGUUCAGCUAACAGGAAUGUUGACUGUUGAGUUUGAAAUCAGUAGGUGACUUGGUCGAGACCAUUGCCCUUCCGCUAAAAGACUGUUUCUCAGGUGUUCACACAAUCUUUCCUUCUUUGAAACUUAAAAAAAAGAUAUUAAAUGAAAUCACAGGGUGCCUCAAACUGAACGCUGUAUUUGUUAACGCCAUCCGUAUCAUUAGACAUGAUAGGACUGUCACACUGAGAAAUGUAAACUCCAGAGAUGGUGUGAUGAAAAAUGUGGUACUUUUAGCAUUAGUGUCACUGCUUUUAUUAAAAUGUUUGCAUAUGUAUCUACAGUAUAUUAUCAUACUUUAUGUAUUAUAAAAAUACUAUUUCACAUUGCAGCUGUUAUAAAGCGCAUACAUGCAGCGUGCAAAACAGAUUUGUGAUGUUUUUUUGUUGGCUCUACCUGACAGAAAGAAAACAAUUUAUUUUGAUUUAUCUGACAUUAUUUGAAUGCAUUGAAUUAACAUUGCAGUUACACAUUUUUGCGCUUUUUCUUUGUCUAAGACCUCUAAAUCUAAUCAGUCUGAGUUUGUGCGAGGUCUAAAUUGACUCUAUCACGCCACCUCCUGGUUGUCAUUUGAAAUUAGAAGUAUUCCUUGUGACUUCCCGGCUGUAGUGCGUGCGUGCGUGCGUGCGUGCGUGUGUGUGUGUGUGUACAAGACAAGGACCAGAAAUGUGUUUGACUAUGGCUUAAAAUUAUAAUAAAAACCGUAUGGUUUCUUCA